UAUUGAUGUUGGAGAUUCAUCUAUUCUGAAAUUUCCUCCUCUCUGGGUGUUUAUUUUUGUGGUUGCCAUUAAAAUAAUGGCAGCUGUUGUAUCUGUCCAGUUAGAAUCAGUGGCCUACCUUGUCUGUUUGACACAUGCUCUGUCUACGGAGUGAGAAGAAAUUAUGGGACUCUUACUUGGUGAGAUUGAUGAAAAGAAGGUUGCUCAUAUAUCUGCUGGGAUAAUGCUGAGAAGAUCUGACAAACAAGCUGACUGUGUUGAAAUUUCCCCUGAACAACUGUCAGCUGCAUCUAUCAAGGCAGAGGAAUUAGCUAUAGAACUUAAAAAACCCCUCAGGGUACUUGGUUGGUACCAUUCACACCCACACAUCCCAGUUUGGCCAUCUCAUGUUGACGUCCAAACUCAGGCCAUGUACCAAAUGAUGGAACCAGACAUCACUGGGCUCAUCUUUUCUGUUUUUAAUGAAGACAAAAACUCAAAGCAAAACAAAAUCCAAACAACUUGUUUUCAGUCCAGAAAGAGCAGUUUAUCUGAGAAUCAAUUUGAACGUAUUAAAAUUCCGCUCCACAUAGUGCCCAGUAGUAGCAUCGGUCAAGCCUGCUUAGAGCCUCUUGUAGAACUGGCCAAAAUCAUAAGCCAGGAAGAAGAUGAAGCUUAUCAAAGUCUAGCACAGAAUUCUGAUAUGGAUCUCAUCACAAAGUUACACAAUGCCUCAGUGUAUAGCUGCAGCCUGGCUCUGAUCAUGGAAGUAUUGAUGGGACCUUUGAUGCAAACACUGGAAGCAAGACAUGAAAGAAAUUUGCUACGUAUCCAAGAACUAACCUAGAAACAGUGCCAAAUCUUGAACCAGAUUGAAGCUGGGACAUGAAAUCACAAAGUGGAUUUAGCAGGGCUUUAUUUAUUAUUUUUUUUGCAUUAAUUUUUUUUUAAAAAAAGUAAACCAUUAAACAACAAAUUGCAAAGCGGUUGUUUUAUAUCCCUAUCUCCACACAACUCCAAAAUGUAUUUAACUGACACCUAAUUCUGUAAAGUAUUAAAGCAAAACUGCUUUGUCAUCAUGCCAUAAAAAAUGACUUUGGAAAUAUCAAAGAACAGAUUUGUAUAUAUAUCUUACUUCACCAAAACAAAUCCUGGGAUAUA